AUGAUGGAAAUUGAUAAAAAGCUCACAAUCAACUUCUAUUAUGAAAAUAUCAGUUCAGAGGAAGAACUACUUGAAAAUGUGCAAUGCCAUCAAAAGGAAUUUGAGGAGUGUAAUAAUCAAUUUAACGUGAAAAAAUUUGAUGCUGAAGUGUCAACUAAUAUAAGCUUGUUUGUAACAAAAUAUGAUGAUGGUGAUUGUGACGAAUUUGAUUGUGAUGAAAAUGACUAUGAUGGUGAUUGUGAUGAAAAUGAAUAUGAUUGUGAUGAGGAUGAUGAUAACUUUAAUUGUAAUGACGAUGAAGAUAAUGAUAACGAUGAUGAAUUUUAUUCAAUGAGAAGAGAAGAAAAAUAUUCAGAUGAAGAUAACUGUAUGGAAUAUGAAAAUGUCAAGAAGGCCGAAGAAGUAGAAGGUGAAUUAUGUUAUGAUGAAAGAGAUGGUGAACUGAUCAAUGUUAUAACAAUAAGAGCUUUACAGUUCAUCACUCAAGCGUCUUUGUUUUGUGCCCCACAGAAUAUUGCCUUUUGUGACAAUCGUGACGAUUCAAAAUAUUUACAUGAGGACAUCAUCUAUAGAAAAGUUCAAGCAUUUAUUUAA